AUGUUCGGAUUCUCUCCAUCUACACAGUCAUCCAACCCCCAGGCUACAGGACCACCACGAGAUCCAUCCGCGCCCGUCAACGGUACCUGCAAAGCACUUCCAUUGACAAGGGAAACGUGGAAAACUUUGAACUUGGACGAAUAUCUGCGCAAAUAUCCUGGCGGGGAUCACCUUACGGUUUCACAAUACGCCGCCUCGAAAGGAACACCGAAUUUCGACUGCGGUGUCGGAAACAAAUGCAACGCAAACCAACUGUGCUAUCCCGUCCCCGCUCCGGACUGGUACGUGCUUCUUGCGGUCCAGCAAUGGAAUAUACAAACCAACACAAUCAUCCGCGCUUUGUCCUAUGGUGUCAAUUUUGUCCAAGCCACCAUAUCUAUAAUUCUUUCCGCCUUAUUUCCGGCGACGGAUCCACGAAUGAUUCAGAUGAUGAAGCUCAAUUUCGGAGUCAACGGGGCAUUCAACAUGGUCUGCAAUACAUUGAUAUUGGACAUCUUGGUCCUUUUCAACAAUGCACAACUUGGCUGGAAUUUAUUUUUCAACAUCUUGAACAACAUCAUCACCGCUGCGUCUUAUGCAGCUGCUGGCUUGCUACCUGUUCCCAAGGAGGCGAAACGUGAUGCAUUUACAGAGUGGGCUCAUCUCGUCGACGGCUUGGCUAUGUACGAACAAAAAAUGAUCGAUGGAAUUACAGAGGAAUCCCAUAAAAUUAUCAACUCACCUAUCAGCUCACCGGGAGGCAUGGCAGACAUCCUCAAGAACGGAACUUACAUUGCACCUCUCGAGCAAAUCUUCUUGCCCGCCGUUGAAACUGCUCUGAAGAAUGUCACAACAGCACUUUUCUUGACCAGGAUCCUUCGAGCAAUGGACGCCUUUGUUACGGUCGGUAGUGAUGUGUGCAAUCAUCAAGGGCCAAAUGGCGCACUUAGUGGAGAAGACAAACUUUCUUACUGUGAUAAUACCGGGACAAUGUUUAACAUUGUUCGGGUGAGCGAAGAUAAGGGCAAAGAGGACACCAGCUUCCCCAACGCCUUUGUGAUCGAUAAUCGACUCGGCUUUUCGACCCAAUUCUUGACAAACGCGUCGCUAUCAUGCCAGCAGAAGUAUGGUGGUUUCGAGCACUUCCCCUGGGUUAACACGACUAUACCCAGAGACCCAUCUGCUGACUGUGUUGUUAACCUUCCGGUAUGUGACCUUAGGAAUAGAAACGACGUACACAAGACCCUGAAGAAACACGGAGUCGUAGCUGCCUGCCGUCAGAUGGGCCUGCCCAUUUGA